AUGCAGUCAUGGACCAGCAAAGGCAGCCGCUGCCUUUUCUGUGCCUUGCGGCCUGUAUUUCGUCCCGUGCAGCGAUCCUUCUCGACGAGCCCCAUCUUGGAGAAGGCAAGAAAGUCUCAGAAAGCUAAGCAAGAAAAAGCCGAGGCAGUAGAGAAAUCUCUAAAGAAAAGCUCUUCGAAGAAGAGGUCACUGGCCCGUAGACCUCUGAGUCAACCCUUUGUCAUUCGCGACUUCGCCUCCAUCGUCGAGACCGAGCUAGGAGAAUACAAACAGAGCUUAAAAGAGUCAUCCGAUCCAGCCUUGGCAGGAUGGGAAAGAUUCGAGCGCUAUGUACUGAAUGCCUGCAAGCUGGAAGACCGGUCGGGCCAGAAAGCUUUUGGCCCUCUACGCCAUGUCAAAACCACACUUCAGAAAGCCUAUCUCAGCUCCGGUAUCUCGGGUCUGAGGAGUGAGCUGAGGUAUCUUAUGCACGCCGAAGAGAUUACUGAAAAGUAUUCUGCUCCCCGUCUGGAACAGCAAAAGAAGAUUGCGGAUUUGCGCUAUCCGGCAGAAUGGUACCCUCAAGCCCGAGCGCUGCAACGGACAAUCCACCUGCAUGUUGGCCCGACGAAUUCUGGGAAGACUUAUCAUGCGUUACAACGGCUUCAAGCUUCCAAAAGUGGCUUCUACGCUGGGCCGCUUAGACUCCUUGCGCAAGAGGUGUAUCAUCGAUUUCAAGCGAGCGGGAUCCCCUGUAGCCUUGUGACCGGGGAUGAUGUUAAAAUACCGGAAGGGCAAACUCCGACCAUUGUCAGCAACACAGUUGAAAUGGUCAAUCUAGGACAGCCGUAUGACGUUGGAGUCAUCGAUGAGAUUCAGAUGCUCGCAGACCCUAAACGUGGCUGGGCGUGGACUCGUGCUGUCCUUGGUGCGCGGGCCAAGGAACUUCACCUUUGUGGCGAAACAAGAGUCGUGCCCUUGGUUCGAGAGCUUGCCGCUCUCACAGGUGACAGACUCGAGAUCCAUCGGUACAAACGAUUAAACCCACUCAAAGUCAUGGAUCAGAGUAUUCGAGGCGAUUUGAAGAAUCUUCAGAAAGGAGAUUGCCUAGUUGCUUUCUCCCGCGUCGGAAUCCACGCACUGAAAGCAGAUAUUGAGAAAGUUACAGGCAGAAGGGCGGCGAUUGUGUACGGGAGCUUGCCAGCAGAGAUUCGUACGCAGCAGGCCAAACUCUUCAAUGACCCCGACAACGAUUACGAUUUCCUGGUUGCGAGUGAUGCUAUUGGCAUGGGGCUCAACUUGAGUAUCAAGCGCAUUAUCUUCGAGACCUUAGUUAAAAGGGUCCCGGGGGGAUUAGUGAGGCUGUCGGUUCCCGAGAUCAAGCAAAUUGGAGGUCGGGCUGGCCGUUAUCGCCCGGCUGCGCAGCAAGACAAGAAAGAUAACAACGACGCUGACUCGAAUAUUGGCUUGGUGACAGCCCUAGAAGAAGUCGAUUUGCCGUAUAUUCGCGAGGCAAUGGACACUGAACCACCACCGCUUACCGCUGCCGGCAUUUUCCCUCCCGAUCCUGUGUUCCAAAAGUUUUCCGCCUAUUUCCCGCGGGAUGUUCCUUUUGAGUACCUUAUCAAGCGCCUGCUGGAAGUCUGUGAAGUCAAUCCUCUGUUUUUCCUGUGUGACCCUCGCGGUCAACUCGACAAUGCGGAAGUUAUAGACAGUGUGGUUGGCCUGCCUAUAGAAGAUCAAGUGACUUUUAUGGCUGCGCCCAUGUACACCCGGGACAGAAAAUCACGCAGCGUUGCUUGCGCAUUCGCCGAAUGUGUUGCAGAGCAUUCAGGUGGCGGACUGCUCGAUAUCCCUGACUUGAAUCUGGAAAUCCUCGAGGAACCGGUGUCUGGAAACAAGGACUAUCUGCAUGAGCUAGAAGGACUACACAGAUCGGUCAUCUUAUAUUCUUGGUUAAGCUACCGAUUUGGGGGUAUAUUCACGGAUCGCACCCUCGCAGCUCAUGUCAAGGAGAUGGUGGAAGAGAGAAUGGUCAGGGCGCUUACUGAAUUCUCUGCCAACAAGAAGCUGAGGAAAGAUGCAUCACUGCGCCGACAGAUUGCUUUGCAGAAACAGAUCGCAGAGCAGAAACGGGUCCUUGCUGAAGCAAACAUUGAAGGAUUCGAAGACGGAGUGGACGGAGAACGUGUCCCAGUUGAUGUCUCUGCGGAGGAUGGUUCUCUGGAGCAAGAGGGUCAAGAGAGUUAUGAUCCAUUUGGAGACGGCCAGGAAGGGGACACAAUUCCUGUUGAUGUAUCUGCUGAAGAUAGUCCUCUAGAGAGAGCAGCCCCUGCUGCGCGUGGGGUUUGA